GCAUUUCGCGGCGAGCGGCGGCGCCCGCAGCACCUGUCGCCCGGCGCGCGGGCGGGGAGGACGGCGGGGACCAUGGCCUGGUAGCGGCCCCGGGGGGGACCGCGCGGAGUUCGGAGCGGGGCAGGGCAGGGCGCGGGAGGGACGGUCCUCCCCCGGCGCCCGCGCGGCCCGCGGCAGCAUGAGAAAGCACCAGACGAUGCAGGGCACCUUCAGCAAACUCUUCGGGAAGAAGCACGCCAGCUCCCCCAACACCUCCCUCUACGCCACCAACCCGCCCUGGAUUUUCACGCAAGAGGCCCCGGAGGAGGGGACCAGAGAUUUUGAUGGGAUCUAUUACGGCGAGAAUCGCUUUAACACGGUGAGCGAGUCAGGAACAGCCACGCUGAAAGCUCGGCCCAGAGUCCGGCCCCUGCUGACCUUCCUUCCACUGAAUGCCCAGGAAAACCACGGGCUGGCUGUGCCUACCCCCUCUGUCCCGGAAGACUUUGCAGACAAAGAAGUGACAGGUACCAGCACACUCGUCAACGGCACCCUCCGACUGUACAGCUCUGCGGGUGACCUAAGGCCUGGGCACUAUGGCCAGGAUCCACUCAUCCCCCCACCUCCCCCAGGCCCAGCCCCAGGGCCCCCCCAGGACACUUUACAACCUCCAGGGGAGUCCCCACCACCACCUCCACCUUCCACAGCCCCCCCGCCACCUCCCCUGCUGCUGGAACCCCCAUCCCCGCCCAGCAUGGCCCCCCCUGCACCCCCACUAUCGGAGGCCCUAUCCCCCCCAUCUGCGCUCUCCUCCCCGUCCACACCCACCCCUCCUGACUUCAUUCCCCCUGCCCCACCCUCGGCCUUUCUAGUCCCCCCACCGCCCCCUGUGCCAGCCCCAACACCCCCAGCUCCAGUGUCUCCUCACACAACGGAGCCUCGUUUCAUUCCCCCUGGGGGUGUCACCAAGUGGAAAUCAGAGAUAGCACUGAAUGACAGGCAGCCAGAGCCCCCCAGAACCAGCCCCCCCAGGAGCCCUGCUGAGCCAAAGGGGAGCACCCCGGGACCUAAGCCAGAGCCCCACCUCACCUUCCCCCGUUCCUUCAAAGUGCCUCCCCCAACCCCAGUCAGGACUUCAUCCAUCCCAGUUCAGGAAGCACAGGGGGCUCCCCUAGAGGGAGAGGGGGCCACCAAGAAGGCUCCCAGCCGACUCCCACUGCCUCCCAGCUUCCACAUCCGCCCUGCAUCCCAGGUCUACCCAGACAGGGCCCCCGAGCCGGACCGCCCUGGGGAGCCCAGGGCCUCGGCACCAGCCAGCCCCCGGCUCCGCCAGCCUCAGUCCCGGACAAAUGAACGAGCUGUGACUCCACCUCCAGCCCCUCCCCUGCCCCCUCCUGCACCCCCACUCCCUCCCCCAGCACCACCCCUUCCCCCAGCUGCCCCUCCUUUGCCUUCUGUUGAGAAGGCAGCCCCUCCACCUGCUGGGGUUACCAGAAGCCCCAAAUCCAGUUCUCCUGCUCUCAAACCCAAACCCCAGCCCCCGAGCCCAGAGGACACAGCCUCGUCAGCGCCCGUGGACUGGCGGGACCCCAGCCAAAUGGAAAAGCUGCGGAGUGAGCUGGCGGCCUAUCUCUGCGGAGCCAGGAGGGAGGACCGAAACCUCGGUCACAGGCCAGGCCCAGCGGUGGCCUCUCAGGGCAAGGAGGGCAGGAAAGGCCCCAGCCUGCCAGAGAAGGAGGCUCCCCCCAGCCUGCCAGAGACAGAGAUCUCGCCAGGCGUUCCUGAGAAGAGUCUCUGCAGCGGCAGCCUGCCAGGGGGAGAGGCAGCCCCCAGCCUGACCCUCCCCCCUGUGGACUACGUCCCCGAAGACUCCCCAGCUCCCAGCGUCCGGCAGAUCCGGAAUGAGCUGGAGGCCCGGCUCUCAUCCUCAGCAGAGAAGGAAGCCAAGCCCAGCAUAGGGUCUCUGCCUCCCAAGCCUCGGCUAGAAGGGGGAAGAAUCUUUGAAAACGGGGCUGGUAAUGGCAAACUCUCCAAGCCUGUGGCCAAGAAUCCACCACCUCUAUCCACCACUCCUGGGCCAACCACACCACCCCAGUCCAAGGCCACACCGGGGCCAGCGACACCACCCAAGCCCACACCUGGGCCAGCCACACCACCCAAGGCCACACCGGGGCCAGCGACACCACCCAACACCACGCCUGGGCCUGCUGUGCCAUCUACAGCCACAACUCUGCCCACUACAUCAUCCCAACCGAUGGCAGACAAGGAUGUAGCCCCAGCUAAGCAGUGGGAGAAGCCAGAAUCUCAAGACAUUCCCAUUCCCGCCCAGCCAAGGGCAGAAGGGCCCCCCUCGGAGGCCACCAGGCUGCGCACAGGGGGAGCCCUCUCAUCGCCAGCCCUCCCACCAAAGACGUCCCCUGGCAGGGAAGAGGUGCCGUUUCCCUACAAGGCCCAUCGCAGCCAGAACAGCCCCAGCAGAGAGGUUGCUGUGGUGAUGCCCAACCCGGCCAGACGAGAGGCUACCGGUUCGGGGGAGCCUGUGGAGGUGAAGGCGCCCCAGGGACCGCCAGCCCAACCCCCCGCCUCAGCCCAGCCUGCUGAUGACCUCCUCAGGCACCCAGUGACCGGGGAGGUGGUGGAGCGGGGCUCCCCAAUGGCCCUGCUCCUGGCAGCCAGGCAGCGGGCACAGAAGGGGAGGCCCGGAGGGGCCGUCUUGGGUCGGUCCUCCCUGCCAGGGAGUAUCCGCGGCCACGGCCACCAACCCGAGGCCUUGGCGGGCUCCGACAGCAUCUUCUACAGCGAGGGCCGGCCCAACUCCUUCACUGUGGUCCCCAAGUCCCCCAAGUCGCCCGAGAGGGACUUCCAGCUGACCUCGGCAGCGCAGCCCACGGCAUCCCGCCAGUGGCAGCCCCAGCCCCGAAGAGACCCCGAGCGCACAGAGCCAAGCCGCAGGCACAACUGGACAAAGGCGGAGCCCCAGGCCCCCGUGGCUUGGGAAAGACCAGCUCCCUCCAACCCCCCGCGGGGCCGCCUGCUGCCCAAGUCCUUCUCGUCCCCACCUUCCCCUUCGUACAAGAAGGAGGAGGAGGAGGAGAAAGAGUUCAGCUUCGAGGUCAUCCCGCCGCCACCGGAGUUCAGCAAUGACCCUGAGCCCCCGGCCCCGACCCUCCAGUAUCUGGGCCGCCGCCGCGGCUCCCCUCCCCGGAACAACUUCUCAGACUUGGGGCAGCCCCGGGACGCGGGCCCCGCAGCGGCCCCGGCCCGCGGCUCCUCGGGCUUCCCCGCGGGGGCGCGCUACGCCGGGGCCGGGGGCCUGGAGCGCUUCUCGGGCGGGGGCCGCUCGCUCAUCAAGAAGCGCCUGUACGUCGGGGACCCCCACCGCAGCCCCGGGCGGCCUCGCGGCGGCACCGGCCGCAGCCUGAGCACGCCCAACUGCUUCGGGCCGCAGCCCGGGGGGCCCUUCGGAGCGCCCGCGGGCCCCGAGAUGCGGCGCAUCAACUCGGCGGGCCGCGCGCCCCCCGGCGGCCUGCACGCGCGGAGGCUGUCCAUGGAGGGCGCCGCCCGGGCGGCCGGGGACGCCCAGCACAAAGCGCCCGGCGGCGCCGACUACGGCUUCGCCCCGCCUGCGGGCAGGUCUCUCCACAGCACCCCCCACUACGGAAGCCCUAUCAACACGUUUACUGUGAGGCCUGGGACGCGCCAUCCCAUCUCCUAUACCUACUCAGGGGCCCAUCGGAAAGCCACCUCCUGAGCCCCGAGUUCGCUCAGCUCUACUCCAAGGGGUUGGACCUGGGCACUUGCUUUUGCAGGGGGUGGGAGGGACGCAGCAGGUGUUAGGCAGCCUGACUGAGACGUGGAGGAAGCUUUGCUCCCGGAAGACAGACGGAUGGACAACGAAUGAGAAGCAGCCUGCGGACUGUUUACCAUGGGGAGGGAAAGGAGGGAAGACAGGAAGAACCUUUAAGGGCCUGGGCACUGAGUUUCUGAUAUCUGGUACUAUCUGCUGUAGCAAGACUUAUUUAAAGCAGUUUUACAAGCAUGUCCCACUGAGCAGGUUCUCAGAGCAAGGGGUGGGGCGCUGACUGUCAGGCCCUCGCAAGGGGCCAAGGCCCAGCCCCAACCAGGUGGAGGUGCAGGGCACUACAGGUAGAUCUCUUUAGCUUCUAUCACUUGCCACCCCAAGAGGUGAUACUUGGGGUUCCUAGCCACACUGAGGUGGGACCAGGAAUGUACAUGCACAACAUAUAGGGAAGACACUGGAACAGAAGAGAAGCCCUUUGCAUUGGCCAAGGGCAGAAGUAAGGGGAUUGAUGGUUCAUUUUUCCUUGGCCAUGGCCCUUAACUACAGGGAGGCCUAGCGAGAGGAGAUUUGGCAAAUUUGGGAUGGGAGAUUGAGAAGUAAGGCUUGCUUUACUUUUUUUUUUUUUUUUUUUUUUUGAGACAAGAGUCUGGCUCUGUCACCCUGG